AUAUAAGCAACGGCGUGUGGUAACAAUGUAGAUGCGGAACAUUUUGUGACGACAAGAUUUUUACUUUCCAACGCAAGGAAAACUGCCAUUUCCCAAUCGGCUGAGAUGAGAAAAUGUCAUGGAAUUCUCAACCAUAAUAUUAACAAUAACCAAGGAAAUUUCGUUUUGUAAACGACUUCUCGUUUCACCGAGAUUUUAUUUCGGGUGUGUUGUCCUUCAAGUAUUUAUUCUUGCUAUUUUUGUUUCCCUAAAGAACUCUAAUAACGGGGACAUGAUGCUAGUCAUCAAAGAACGGAAAGCUCAAGAUGAGCUCUUUAAUAAAACAGUGCUGAAUUGUUUAUCAUUCAAUACGUCAGAGCCACAACCAAAAAGAGAAUGUCCAAUAAUUUCACCGUAUCUGAUUGGUCAUAAAAAGCCUGACAUCAGCGAUGACUUUAGCUGGGAGGACACUCUACAGAAACACAACUCUGUCAGGUGUGGUGGACAUUUCCGUCCUUCGAACUGCAAAGCACGCCAAAAGGUGGCGCUGCUCAUUCCUUUUAGGAACAGAUAUGCACAUCUAAAGAUAUUUAUAAACCAUAUACACCCAUUUCUGAUGAGGCAGCAAUUAGAAUAUGGAAUUUAUAUCAUUGAUCUGGACGAUGAAAUACAGUUUAACAGAGGUCUCCUUCUAAAUGUGGCGUUUCUAGAGGCCAGUAAGGAAUAUGAUUAUGAUUGUUAUAUUUUCCACGAUGUGGAUCUGCUUCCGGAAAACGAUUACAAUUUUUAUCGCUGUUCGGAUCUGCCACGUCAUAUGUCUGUAGCCGUGGACAAACUCAACUACAAACUACCAUACGUUGAAUUAUUUGGUGGGGUGUCAGCCAUGACGAAGGACCAAAUAUUAUUUGUCAACGGAUUUUCUAACAAGUUUAGCGGAUGGGGAGGAGAAGAUGAUGACAUGUUUAACAGGCUUGAAUUUCAUCAUAUGACGGUCCUCAGAAGCAUAUACAACAUCUCAAGAUACAUAAUGCUCAAGCAUACAAAAAGCCAGCCUAAUCCUGCAAGGUUUAAACUGAAGAGCACGGGAAUGAAACGGAUGAGGCAAGAUGGUGUCAAAAACUUGAAGUACCAAAUUAUGAAGAGGACAGAUUAUCCACUCUUUACAUACAUAAAAAUCACAUUGUAACUUUUUUUCCCUGCUUGUUCCUUUUUGUGUUCCACAGAGAAACCUUUGUUGUUUACAGUUAUAGAUUAACAAACGAAAAUAAAAUCAAAAGGAGUAUGAAUAAAUCAUAAAUGAUAAAAAGAA